AUGACAGAUUCGAUUGACAAACGAUUUUGUUUUGAUAUCACAGCUCAGGAUAGGUAUGAUAGUUGUAACCAAUAUACCUGUCGCGUUCUAGGGGGAGUUACUAUUCUUAGACUUUUGUAAUUUUGUAUUCUUUUAUAUUUUAAACUUAAUCCUAAUCUUAACCCUAAACGCUUACUCUAAUCCUAACCCUAACCCUAAUACUUUCCCUAAAUCCUAACCUUAAAAGUCUAAAAAUAAUAACUCCCCCUAAAACGUGACUCAUAUGUUUCUUUGUAACGUGAAUGAGGUGGCUUCAUACUUCUAAUGAGUUUCAGAUCGUUUCAAACGCUAGAUAACGAGACUUGUGGCGGCUGUGACCUCAUUAUUUGUUCGCUGGCAAAUUUAAGACAAAGGAGAGGGGCCCAAUCUCUGUCUAGAUAAUACGUGACCUCUUUGUCGCUUGGCUUAGCGAAGCAGGAUCUAGACCGUUUCUUUGGAACUCUGUGUCACGAUGUAGAGCACGAUCUUGGGUAGGUGCAUGGGAUCCUCCAUCCUUUAGACAUGCCCUGCCCAGCGUAGCUCCAUCUUCAAAAGUAUUGCCUCGAUGCUGUUGAUCUUCGCCUGUUCGGCAACUUCGUUGUUGGUGACGAAGGACUCUAGUGUACGUUAAGGAUGAAGCAGGGCAGUAAUGCUGAUGGAAACACUCAAGUAGUCGUAGGUGGCGACGAUAAGUGUUCCACGUCUCUGCACCAUACAUGGGUGUGGUCAGUAUACUACGACUCUUUACACGCUGCUCUUGGCAUAUUUCUCGAGACGUUUGUUGUUUUACACUCGCUUGUGGUCAGUCGUCCAAACGCACUGCUUGCCUGAGCCGAUGGGCUGUUUGCAGCUCUGAGUCUCUGACUCACCGAUUGUGGUACGACGAGGGUGCCAGGGCAGUAUAUACGAGUAAUCCUGUACUGAGGUGGGGCCUGUGCAGGACCUCUGUCUUCAGGCUGUAUUCAUGUCCGAAGGGUUGUGCUUGCCUCUACGAUGCAGGUCUGUCUCAGUGCGGACGAAACAACUUUAAAGACUUCCCGAAUUUGCCUGAGUGCGCACGACACAACAGCUUGAAUCGAGGCGGACAGUGUAGUCCAUUGUAAUUAUGUACAUUUCAUUGCCAACCGGAUGGCCUGUAGACACCUCCAAAUUUACUGGCAGGAAUCUAACCUGCAGGGCCUGCAAUUCCUGUGCAGCUCUCUGACCACUGACUUAUAUGCCGAUGAUUGGUUUAUCAUACAGACUCGCUCAGGUACAGACUCUUCUGCACUUCUUUCCGGACUAUCGUACAGAGUCUCUUAUAAUGAACACUGUAAAAAAGUUUGACUCAAAAACUUUAGUAAAAUAAUGCACCACGAUGGCUCAAAAUAUUGAGUAAAAUUGCUCAAAUUUAUGAGCAAUUUUACUUGUGUUUUUUUUUGUGAAGUAUAAAUCUUUACUCGAAAAGAGUAAAUUCGAAACUUUACUAAAAAAAUCGAGUAACUAAGAUUUAGUCGAUUUCAAGUUCGACCCAUAAUAUAUGUAAAGCAAUGCGUUUAUCUUUAUGUUAUUUUUCUCUAGACCGCAACCUAUAACUCUUCAAGCUUUAAACGACGAAGACCGUAAACAAUGGCUUUGCGCUAUGGAUGGAAAAGAACCGGUAAGAUACAUAGAGGUGCAGACGUUAUGAAUCAUGUUUUCAACACAACGCAAACUAAACGAAGGUGAAAUAAAGUGAAAUGGAUUGAGUGUUUAUUUACACGAAUCAUGAAAUGUACAAUAAAAUGAGAUACCAUAUUCCCUCCAUUUAACCCCCUGGACCCGGUUGCUCAAAAUUUCGAGAAAAAACUCCUGCUGAUCCCAGACAACACUUCUGAAGAAAUAUUUCCAAAUUUAUAUACCAGCUGUUAGGAAGUUUGCUUUGAAUUUUAAGUUAACCUAGGGUUAAGCUGGUCAAGGAUAGUUAAAUGGUCCCAGGUAGUUUAUCCCGCAUGCAGAGGCUUAUUUUUUCCAGUAGUUCAUGAUUGGUGGCUUAUUUGGAGGUGUUUAUAUGAGCCCUAUAUAUAUAUGUGAAAGCAGGUCCUAUUAGGCGAGAUCUCGCGUACUAAUUGUAAUCCUUAGGCCCCGUUUACAUGAGACCGGGACGAAGUCAAACCCGAAUGAAAAUUGAAAUUGUCAACAUGUUUACAUGAGACCGGUACGAAAAUCACAAAAUUUUCAAUUUAUUCUCCUUGCCUGGCAAUUUUCUUUUUUAGAUGGCUUUUGUUAGCAUGUGUUGUUCCAAUGUUAAGGUUACAGCCGAGACCAAUGCAUUUGUGUUUACAUUCAACCCAGUUCUGAAUUCAUGUCGGCUCGGUCCAGCAGGCGGAAUGACUUGAGACCGUUCGAGUUAUUUUCGUCCAGGUAUCAUGUAAACAUCUAUUAUAAAUAACACUAUGACCGAAACGAAAUGGUCCCGGUUUGACUUCGUUAUGUUCUCAGGCAAACGGGGCCUAACGAGCUUAACUAAAAAUUUUUUGUCUGUAUGAGAAGAUGGUCAGCCCUCCUAGGCGUGAUUUCGCUUUUGACUGCCCGAGAUCUCUAUAUAGUAGGGCUGGAAAUUUACUCUCGAACAGUCUGUGCUAGUGUAGGUAGUGGCAAUAAUAACAAAAGCUGCGGAUUCAUAAUGAUACAACUAUUUGAUACAACUAUCUGAAUUUGUGUUUACAUUCAUCCCAGUCUGAAUUCAUGUCGGCUCGGUCCAGCAGGCGGAAUGACUUGAGACCGUUCGAGUUAUUUUCGUCCAGGUAUCAUGUAAACAUCUAUUAUAAAUAACACUAUGACCGAAAUUGAUAACAGUAGAUUAGGACACAUAUUGAUAACAGUAGAUUACUGAAAUGUUUAUCCUCUGUAAAGAUUUUGAAAUACAAUACAAUACGAUACAAUACAAUACAAGGAGGAAACGAUACGUUUCGAGUGAAGGUGCUUCGUCUGGAAGUUAGUAAAGUAGCCUACUAAACGCGUCCUCAACCUAAAGUUCUCCUUGUAUUUUUCAGCUAUUGUUGUGUCCCUUUCAAUCCACAGCUUUCUGGAAAUGAACCAGUAGUAGAGCGGAGUAAAAAACCCGCUACAUCCGUAUCAAACUCAGCUUGUCGAAGUUUUUUUUCCACUAAAAUAUUGAGCUCUAGAACAAUAUUCAAUCGUCUGUUGUUUAUUUCGAAAAUUUGCUUGACAAUGUGAGAAGGGGAGGCGGGCUGGGGGCUAAAUUUGAAUGAUACUUGGAUACUAGCUUUAUGCUCAAGAUACUUAAAGGGUACGUGGGCGCUUCAAGGAACCAAUAGGUAGCCAUCAUCUUCCAUGAUGAACUCAAAAAGAAAAUGUUAAAUACAUGAAUUUUUAAAACCACCUCGGAAAUUUCGACAAAAAAUUGAAUAUUAUACAAAUAAUGAAUGUUUUUCGUGAAAUGGUAAGAAUAUUUUCAUUCGGUGAAAGAUGGAAUAUAAUAAAACGUAUAGUACAAUUGCACUUGCAAAGAGUGCAAUGGAACGUAUUCCAUUGCACUCUUGGGAAAUGGAAUUUUCUAUUCAAUAUCACGUAUCGCCAUAAACAGCCAAUUAAACGAUCAGAAUCCAAUAAGGUAUUAUAUAAAACGCAAUUCUUUAUGAAAUGUAAAAUAGUAUUCGUAUCUAGCUAUAAGUCUGUAUUGAGAUUUAUUAAAAUAAUAGAAGAUGGGGGAGGGGGGCUAAAUAGAAGGUGGGGUCUAUGAAUUGAAGCUUACCGAAAAUGGGGGGGGGGGGGUGAAUUUUCCCUUAGUGAGAUUUUAUUGAUAUGAAAUGCACACAACGUUUCAUGAAAUAAUUAACAAGUAUUCACCGAAGUGGAAUAGAAAUAUCUUUAAAGAAUUCCUCUACACACUGUUAAUUUGUUAGUGCGCAAAACGUGAGGAUGAAACCAAGUAAUUUAUCAUGGCCGUUGUUGCGGGCGUAUAUAUAAGCACCCAUCCAGUAAAGUGCAUGCUGUAUCAUUCAUUAAUACAAACACAUGGCACGCAAAUACGCCUAUAUAGGUAUAAAUACGCCUAUAUAGGUAUAAAUCCUUGCCGUCUUGGAUACAUAUUUAUCUGUGCUCUGUUUCUAAGAGAUGCAUUCAAUCUUUUUUAUUUUAGAUUUACCUCGAUAGCAACGAGUUGGCAGGCAAUUCAAGUAAUGAAGAUGCAGGUUUGUGACUUACUUCUAGAAUACUGAUCGAUCUGUAUAUAAUGUAAUAAGCGUUCGUUUUGUUUUUCUUACAAUUUUCAAUACAGACGUAUAGGAAGAAUUAUAUAGACCUACAGGUAUAGAUCCCAAGUAUCUCAGUGCUGAGGCCGAGAUGUGAAUUACUCCAAAAAUCCUCGCUUAUACUUUCUGAAAGAUGACAAAAAAGCCUUUCGAAAAAUCCACAAAUUUGAUUAAUUAUUAGACCUAUCUCGGUUUGUUUCUUGACGUAUACUGUUAUUUCUUAGACCUACGAUCUAUUUCUCAGAUCUAUUGUUUUUUUCUCAGACCUAUUGUUUAUUUCUCAGACCUGAUGUUUAUUUUUCAGACCUGAUGUUUAUUUUUCAGACUAAUUGUUCAUCUCUCAGACCUGUCGUUUAUUUCUCAGACCUAUUGUUUAUUUCUCAGACCUAUUGUUUAUUUCUCAGACCUAUUGUUUAUUUCUCAGACCUAUAUUGUUUAUUUUUCAGAUCUGAUUUUUAUUUUUCAGACUAAUUGUUUAUCUCUCAGACCUGUCGUUUCUUUCUCAGACCUGAUGUUUAUUUUUCAGACCUGUUAUUUAUUUCUCAAUUUAUUUCUGAUUCUGAACUGAAUGCUCUGUGGGAAAUCCCGAUGGCCAGUCCUUAACCUGACCAAGGGGUGCUAAACCCCUAUGGACAAUCCUUAGAUUUAGAUAUGUUAUAUGUGUGACAUAUAUUGAGUAUAUAUGGGCCUGAAGUUGACAUUUUUGGAGACUUCACCCAGAACCACGAAUUUAUUAUAAUAACGCAACAAAACAUACAAGAAAUGGUGAUCUUGUGCACUACUUGUAUACAUAAUAUUAAUAAAGAUAAUGAUUAUCUACCAUCGAUAUUUGUACCUUUUUGCGCCACGUUCCUCCUCGUGCCUUUCUUUCAGAAUGUAGCGUUCGGGAACGGUUGGCACUUAAACAGUGUUCCUUUGUGUUGAAAAGUAUAUAUAUAUAUAUAUAUAUAUAUAUAUAUAUAUAUAUAUAUAUAUAUAUAUAUAUAUAUAUAUAUAUAUAUAUAUAUAUAUAUAUAUAUAUAUAUAUAUAUAUAUAUAUAUAAAUAAAUAUAUACACAUAGCAACAUUGUUAUUGUAUUACCCUAAUACAACUACUACUACUUCAAGCGAAGUUGUUAAAUAUCUACAAAUGGGCGGAAAAUUAAAACGUUUUCUUUUUUUUUUUUUUUAUGAACAAACACAGUGAAAGCAGGUAAGCUGAAGAAACAAAAAAUUUAGCAUGCAAACGCCGAGAGGUGAGUGGGUGGGAGGUUCUGUCGAUAACGUGAAUCGAACAACAGCCAGAUGAUGUAAUUUGUUCAUAGCCGCAUGCACGUUAUGCGCUAAUUAGGUUGUGCUGUAUUGUGCAUUAUGACUGGUCAACUCAAAGGAGAGAGUUGUACGAGGUGUUCAAUCAUGGCUCGUGGAUAAUGUGCUGACUUGUACACGUGACAGCAUACUAGCUGACAUAAAUGAUCUUUGACUUAUUUGUCAAUGGCCUGAGAUAAACCAUUUCCAUCCACACUUAGCUUACCUUCAACGCGUUGUCCCAUCAACUUAAAUUUAUAUAACUAUAAAUUUGCUUAAAUUUGCAGCGAGUUUCGACGAUUUUCUUAUUGGACAGAAGUUUCUUAAGAAAUGUGUUGCUGCCAUUGAAACCCGAGGUAUGGCGGUGCUUUUAAUUUAUCUAAGAAGUUAUUAUGCAUGGCGAUGCUGUAUAAUUAUAUAAAAUACUCAUAAUAAUUCAUGAAGGAAAUUCAAAAGAAAUUAAUGUUUAACAACUAUUUGCAAAUCGGAUAAAAAUUUAGUCGUGAUUUAGCUGUACUCAAUCUUCUUGCUAAGACAUGAUCCGCAGGAUGCCACUUUUUUCCAUGUCUGGUGGUAAAGAGAUUAAAAUGUUAUAUUAUCCCAAUUUGAGAUAACGGGUAUUAGUAUAAUUACAUAGGUGAUUAUUGAAAAUUCUCCACGCUGAUUGGUUGCCGUUGAGGUGAUUAUAACGCGAUGAUCACCUAAGCGAUUUUCAAAAUGGCGGCCGAAGCCGUUUUGUCAAUUAAAUGACGAAAAAAUGUGUAUUUUUUAUUUUUUUCCCAAAUAAUCACCUAUGAAAUUAUACUAAAACAAUUAUUCACCUCAGGCUCGCGGUGAUUAUCGUGAAUAAAAACCUCGACUUCGUCUCUGUUUUUAUUCACCGAUAAUCACCUUGCCUUCGGCGAAUAAUUGUUAACUAUUAACCGCGCAUCUCGGAUGUUCGGCUUUCAGAUCCUCUGCAACGCAUGCUAAACAGAACUCUGCUUUUCAUCACCAGGUAUCACUGAGCAGGGACUGUACAGAGUUGUUGGUGUUGGAUCGAAAGUUAAGAAAUUGUUAGACGUUUGUUUUGGUAAGUAGAUUUUAUGAGUAGAUUAUGAAUUUGAAUUUAUUAAAUUUGCCACUGAAAAAGACGUACUUUACAUAUACAAAAAACUACUAAAUUGCCCUAAUAAGUAAAAUGGCAGGGUCACCACAACAGCAGUUGCCAAUUACCGUGGGCCCUAUAGGGUCACCACAACAGCAGUUGCCAAUUACCGUGGGCCCUAUGGGCCCAAUUACCGUGGGCCCUAUAUAUUGUAGCAGCCGAAUUGUUCAACACCAUUUCUUAAAGUGGCAUGCAGUGUCAUUAAAAUUUUUGUUGUCUCAAGCGAAAGAACUCCUAAAACUGUAACGUAACUUCUUUUGAAAAAAUUGGUUUCCAUGGUUUGUUCUUGAGAUAUUUCAUUUUGUUCGAAACCAUGUGACGUCAUUUCCUCAAUUACAUAUAUAAUGGAAUAUCAGUUAAUGUUGUGUAUCUUUGCUAUUUUUGACGGAUUUAAAGUUUGUUCGUUCACUGCAACCAGGUAUGUCAAUCAAGACCCAACGUUUCGACACUCCAGUGUAGUGUCUUCAUCAGGGGUGAUCUAAAACUAUAAUCGUGGCUUCUUAAAUACCCAAGGGAUGACGUCACCUGCCAAUUUGAUGCAUGUAUUCCUCUGGCAAAUAGGCGCCAGAUUGGUACACGGCUAAAAGAAUAUCAAAAGGCUGUUUUAACUUUAGACAAGGGAAAAUCAGCUUUAGCAGAACAUGUAUGUUUCACCAAACACGAGAUUGCGUGGGAAAACUCUAGAGUAAUUACUACAAACAAUCGCUAUGGUCAAAGACUAUGCCUAGAAGCGUGGCAUAUAAAUAUGAGUAAUCAUGCUUUGAAUAGGGAUGACGGUGCCUAUUUGCCAGAGGAAUAUAUGCAUCUCAUUGGCAGGUGACGUCAUCCCUUGGGUAUUUAAGAAGCCACGAUUGCAACUUUAGAUCACCCCUGAUGAAGUCACUAGACUGGAGUGUCGAAGCGUUGGGUCUUGAUUACAGUUCGACUGGGCUUUGUAAUUUAUUUAAACCAGAGUAGCGAGCGAAACAUGUUUGACGGAUUUGUUUAAAAAAAACAGUAUGCUUAAUGACGUACUGUAGGUUAAAUUAAUAAACGCGCCGCAUCUUUGGAAAGAUUUUGAUAAAAAAUAGCAAAGAUACACAGCAAUUAAUUACUGAUAUCUCAUUAUAUAUGUAAUUGAGUAAAUCACGUCACAUGGUUACAAACAAAAUGAAAUAUCUCAAGAACUAAGCAUGGGAACAAAAAUCAUUGGGCUAAGUAUUCCAAAGGUCGUAGGUUCGAUUCCCACCGUGGCCAGGCAUAUUUUCCAAGCUCGCCCGGUGUGGAUAUACACUAAGAGUAACAUCACAAACAUCUUAUUCACCUGAGUACACAACACCAACACAGAAAAAAAUCAUAUUACUAGAUUACAUUGGUAUCGAAGGAACUAGAUUCUGUUCCGAAAUAUCACUUACUCGAACCGUCCUGACCGCGUAGCUCAGUUGGCAGAGCAUUGGGCUAGUAUUCCAAAGGUCGUAGGUUCGAUUCCCACCGUGGCCGGGCCUAUUUUUCAAGCUCGCCCGGUGUGGAUAUACACUCAGAGUAACAUCACAAACAUCAUAUUCACCUGAGUACACAACACCAACACAGAAAAAGAAAAGUUACUAUAUAGUUUUAAGAGCAUUUUCGUUUAAGAAAAUAAAAAUUCUAAUUGACAGUGCCACUUUAAAUUAAAGGAGAUGGCAAUAAAACUUAAUGCUCCGGUGUGAAAGGGCAUGCAACUACGUGAAUUAACGUUUCAGGUUGUGACAUCACACAUAUCAUGGAUAAUAAACUAUAUGGAUAGGACUCUAGCUGACGUCACAGUCUAAACCUAGUUGCAAUCUGUGACGUCACGCGUAUUGCCAAAGUUCUUGGCAUUUUUGUUGUUUCGCUAUAUUUCCGCUUUAAAAGAGUAAUAUUGAAGUAUAAACUGGUCUAAUUGUUUUAAAAACAUCCCUGAGCUACGACAAAGUAUUCAAGGUAAAUGUUUUUCGUGUGUGUGUGUGUGUUUUUUUUUACAUUUGUAGCUACGAAAUUGGCGUCACCAAUUUUAACGAAAUUUGGGAUGCAUUUUUCACUGUUUAGUGCUUGAAAUAUUUGCUAAAACUGACUAGAAAUACUUAGAGAUUUCAUCGUAGAAUGGCGUAGUUAUAUUUAUUUGCUCUUUGACUAAAAUGUGUUUUGCUGUAUAAUUGCUAAACAUGCCGUUUUUGAGAAUUUGGUUUGCAACUAGGUUUCAACAUCCAACCACGCCGUCAUUCCAUUGAAAACAUUAGGUCACGUCAGCUAGUUUCCUAUCCAUUUAUUUUAUUAUCCAUGCACAUAUUGAACCAAGAACUGAAAUGGCGAGCAUUCAGAGCAAGACAACGCCAUUUUAACUUGUACUCUCCAGUCUCUCUUUUAUCUUGUAGACCAAUUUUGAUCAGUUUAGGUGUCAGAUAUCCAUAAUCGUUGCAUGUAUAUAUACUGUAAGCAGUGACCAUGUUUGAUUUAAAAUAGCAGGAAAACUAGGACAGCUCUCACGACCAAAUAAAUAUCAACUGUUGAUAUAUUACAAUAAGAUUUUCAUGGAAUAUUGACUGAGAUAUAUUUGUAAGUCCGACAAGCAUUUAUGACAAUGCUAAAAAUUUGCAUAUUAAAUGACCUAGUAAACUAAUUUCAGUACAGGUGCCGUUCGCUCGUGAUUAUUGUGUAUUUCUGUAUGGCAACUGUACUGAAAUUAGUUUAAUAGGCCAAUUUUAUGCAACUUUUUAGCAUUGUCACAACCGCUUGUUUGAUUUAAAAUAUUGAUGUCUCAAUUAAUAUUGCAGAAAAAUCUUGUUGUAAUAUAUCAAAAUUUAAGUUUGCCCUUUAUUUGAUCGUAAUAGCUGUUCUAGUUUUUCUGCUAUAUAUUAAAUCAAACAGGAUGUAGUUUUUUGUGUCCCGAAUCAUCAAAUUUGUAUUGAGAAGAUCUAUUAAUUGAUGGGAUAUCGUUUAGUUCAAAGACAGAUUGAUGAACUGGAACUUGACAGUGAAGACUGUGAAUAUGAAGUCAAAACUAUCACAAGCGCUGUUAAACACUAUCUCAGGUAUGUGCUUAUAAAUAUACUCCCCCAACCCAGCAUGCUUCUUCCCUCAACAAGAGUGGUAGCUGAAUAACUGUGUAACAAAGCUGUAACAAUAAUUUUAUAAUAACGUUAAUAAUUCAAGCGCUUUCAUUGGUCGAGAGCCAUUACCUAUUACAGGACAGACGCACGGAAUUACGUCACAUAAAACCUUAUCCAAUAGCAUUCCCUUAUUUAAGAAACAUUAAAAUUAAAUUUACAAAAACUUCAAAACAGGGCGGCAAGGGUUAUUAUACAGGUGAUAAUUAUGACGUUCGAUCAAAACAAAUAUUACUUAAGUUAGGCUGGAAAACACUGGAUGAAAGUCUCACGGAAAAAUGUAUGAGUAAUGUUAUGAAUGAUAAUGGUCCGGAGAUAAUAGGUUGCCUUUUUGAAAAGUGCAACAAUUUUAAUUAUAAUUUAAGAAGUAAUGGCAAAUUUCUAAGACUGUCAAAACCAAAUACAAACUGUAUAUGAAGAGAAGUUUUAUAGUUAUAGUUAUAUGGGGGCUAAGACCUGGAAUCAGCAUCUAAACGAUAAUUUGCAUGUGAAUAUUAUAAUUCUAUUCUCUUACUUGUAAAUAUUACACGGCCCUAUGACAAUCAAUAUCAUGCAAUUGAUAGGUUAUACCGUGUAUAAAUAUAAUUAAAUACAAUACAAUACAAUUUGUAUAGAUCAUGUAUACCCGUGAUAUUUGUAAAAUUUCGACUUUUUCAAAUUUCCAAAUGUUUGGGUGGAUAAAAUUAAGCUAUUUUCCUGUUUAAUUAUUAUUAUAUAUUUUCACUUUUCUUUCCACAUUAUGACGUUAUACUCUGUAUCUAUAACUGAACAGACAACGGCAAAAUCUUAUUUGUUAAUUUUACAACCCUGAAAGCAUUGGUGGACUAUAAAGUAAACAUAUUUGCAUGAAAUUCCAAGCUUAAAGAGUUUAGAUUUGCGGCAAAAAAGAGUGGUUAUAUAUGGUAGCAAAUUCCGGAAGUAGUUACAUGAUUAUAAUUGUUCCGAUUAUUUGCAUAAUAACAUUUGUGUAAUGGUAUUAUUCUGCUUUCCAAGACUUAUCACCUUGCAUAUAUAUUAUACGGCCAGUGAACUCCAUAACUUUGGGCAAUUACCCGAAUAAAAAAAUAGGCCAAAAAUGGCGAUUGUUUGGUAUGUUAUAUUUGUAUAAUCAAAAACAUAAUUCUAUGCAGUUGUAUUUUUGUUGUCAUGUUUUAGGAGUAUGACAGCGCCAUUAUUAACUUACGAACAGCACGAUUCCAUUCUAGAAGCGGCAAGUAAGUAUAGUUCUUUUUACACACGAUACAAUGGAACCAUUUGUCAGCACUGCCUAAAUAAGUCCAAGGAUCGCAAAAUACCCAAUACCAAGACCAGUAAGUAUUAACAAUAUUUUGAUGCGAUCGUAUUGUAUUAACAGAAACGGAAAGCUACGAUAAUAGAGUGGAAGCUGUGAAAAUAGAACUAGACAAGCUGCCGUAUGACAAUUAUGAAAUGUUGGACAUUAUUACGGAGCAUCUUAAAAAGUGAGUAUUUUUAAUAAAGGUUGUUCCACAUUGUUUCUAUAUAUAGUACAUGUAAUACUAUACACAAUAUGGAUUUUUUUGAGAAACCAAAUUUAGGUGGAAAAAUGAAAAGUCCUGUUCUUUGUGGUACAAAGUUUAAGCGUAGAGAGCUUUUGCUACACGAGACAGGGCUGGGAAAAGUAUGGAACUAUGGGACCAUUGGUCACAGAAAAUGUUUCCCCAAGAAAGAAAAAGAUAAUUGUUAAAAUUUAGAUAAAAGGAAAAAUUCCGAGGACGAGAAACAUAUGUUUUUUUACUUGGCCUAAUGUCCUCUUGCGCUCCCAGAAAGUAAAAUAUUUUUUCACCCCUGACGCGAGGUAAUAUCCAGUCAACUCCCUUAACGCUUUAUUCUGUAAUUUCCACGUGUAGUGUUGCAGCUAACUCGAAGCAAAACUUAAUGCAAGCCAGUAAUCUUGGCGUGGUGUUUGGUCCUACACUGAUGAGAUCUAGAGAAGAGACGAUGGCGGCCAUCAUGAAUUUAAAAUAUCAGACAAUAGUCGUCGAGUUGAUGGUGAACGAAUACGACGCGGUAAAUACGGAUACAUUAAUGUUUGUAACGUUACGUAGAAUGUUGGUUGAACUGUUUGGGGGUCUGGGGUAGUCAAAUAGCCGAGCGGAAUUAGUACCCGCGCUAACGGCUUCCUGAAAGCGAGAGUGACACGUGGGAACCGAAACUACCGGUUCUUUUGCGCAUGCUGGAUGUAGAUUUGCGGUUCUAAGAAAAAGGGGGGCUCUGCAGUCUGCUUGGAGGCUUGAUCGUCCAUAAACGCAUAUGUUACCAGGGAAAUUCAAACUUCCCUUCGGGACUGUGCCUACGUGGCAUUCUGUUGGAGCUCCCGAUGUCCGGUCCGACUUCGGACCGCUUUUGGUCUUGAUAGUUUUCUAUUAUUUAACUUUCAUUAUCUUACUGUAACUUAAAUAGUUUAUUAUUAUUUAACUUAUUCUUUGGGUUAGCAACAUGUAUAUUCUGCUGACCCCAGCAAAUAAUCCUCAUUCUGAGGGGUUUGCUGUAAUGGGAGAUAGAUAGAAGAACCGGAGUGCAGCCUAAGAAAUUACCUCGAACCUAUUUUCUACCAGCUCACCGUCAUCACUGUGUAAAUCAGGCACACAACUCAUCUACAACAACGUAGGUGAGUUGUGUGCUUGAUUUACACAGUAUAGAACUCAAGUUGUAAGCAGGUUACGUGCGACAGUUUUAGGCCAAAGUUGUGCAGUGUAAUUCGGCCUUUAAGAAAACACUAAAAAUCUAUAUAAGCUACGUAUUUGUCGCUUCGAUUUCGCAUUGCUUUCUCUUAAAGGCAGACAGGACAGUAAACUAGUUCCAGUCACAAAAGCUACAGUUCUCCGGAAGGUAUUCAUCAGGGAGUCACAUGGGCCAAAUAACCCAUCUAUGUAUACAUAUAUAGGUAACUAAUGACGAGUUUUGAAUCUAGUUUUGCUUUUCAAUGUGGAACAGCCUAAAAAUACAGAAAAUUUCACUAUAAAAAGUAGUAAGUAUUUUACGUGAGACCACGAAACAAAUAGCUCACAUAGCCCAGCUCUAGAACUACAACUAAAACCUUCCCAAUUCUUCUUCAUUUCAAAAUUUGUUUCAUUUCCAUUUUGUCUGUUUUUAGUUAUUUGACUCGUCAAAUCCAUUCAGAACAACUGAUGAAAAACCCAAACCUCCGCUCUCCAGAAAACCUGAUAUUCCAGAUAAAAAACCAGAAGUUCCUGACAAGAAGCCUGAAAUUCCUGAGAAAAAGCCUGAAAUUCCUGGCAGGAAACCGUUCGUUGAAGAAAAGAAUGUGUACUCGGUACCACCAUCGUUUCCUCCACCACGGGCAUCACCAAAACCACCGUUAAAUUCUCAAAAAUCCUACCCAGCGCCGCUACCUCCUCAGAGCAGAGUGAAGAAUUUGUCGCUUAAUAGGAAACAGAAGCAGUCGUCUAGUAAGUGUAUUUUUGGUCUUUUGGAGGGGACGAUGUUAUCAAGGUAUGCGGGAGAUUUGCAAGGUUUGCAGCAACUUGCAACUCGUUAUCGGGCAUAGAGCAAAGAAGACUUGAGUUCUUUGUAGGAUUGCAUGGCGAUAAGACAUAUAAUACUUUUUGUUUCUGGAAACAACACGUAAAUUUAUCACUGCAAAGCUUUCGAUCCGUAAGCCAGGAUCUUCAUCAGUGCUAAUAAUAUGUCAUAAAAACAUAUUAUUAGCACUGAUGAAGAUCCGGGCUUACGGAUCGAAAGCUUUGCAGUAAUAAAUUUACGUGGUGUUUCCACAAAGAAAAAGUAUCACAAAGAAGACUUUCUGGCCGGAAACACUCGAGUCAUGCACCCUUAUGCCUGGUUCACACUGGUCGUAUAAGAAUCGGGGAUUUCCAUUGUCUUUGGUCAUUGGUGGGUAAAAUGCUUUGUCUGUCGGAAAAGAAUACAAUAGAUCGCCGCUGAAUUACGACCAGUGUGAACCAGGCUUAAAGCACAUUGUCGUCAUCAAAUUUUGAGGACAAAGUAGCUACUCCAUGUUGAAACAAGCGUUGAUAGCGUAAAUGACCAGCCUUAAAAAUGUUAUAUAUUGCAUGUUGAUUAAUUAAAUGAAAUAAUUUAAUGCGAGCAAUUACUUUCUAAUUUAAUAAUUUAGUCCAAGCUCGUAUCUACUUCAUUGUGUGCCUAGAUUGUUACAGGUCAAUAAAAGCGUUUUUUCUUCUUCCUUUUAGGCUCAGAUGAGAAUUUAGUCCCGGGGUCAGGUAAUAUUUGCCUUAACUACUAUUUAAAGCACGCGCAGGAGUGCUUUAUCAGAUAUAAAACACGAGUGUUUUACAUCUAAAUGAAUUAUGUGAAUUAUGUAAAAAGGUAGCAGUUACAUUAAAUGAAUUAUGUAAAAAGGUAGCAGCUGGAAUUGGGGCUAUAAAACGACUAAGGCCAUAUUUUAACCGUCUCACUCUCCUGUCCGUUUAUUAUGCCCUGGUUCAACCGUAUUUUGACUAUUGCUGUCUUGUGUGGGAUCCAAUUGGUACCACGAUUACAAAUCGAUUACAAGUACUCCAAAAUAGGGCAGCAAGGGUCAUCUUAUACAGAAAUGAGCAUGGUCAGUCUGAAGCUGCUUUUUCUGAAUUGCAAUUGAAAACGUUAAAAGAACGCAGAUUAAUCUUUAGGGGCAAGUUUAUGUAUAAAAUUGCUCAUGCGCAAGCACCACCUGUUUUAACUGACAUCUUUGAAGAGUCAUCCGCUCCUCAACAUAAUUACAAUUUAAAAGACCAUGAUUUCAAGUUUUACUUACCAAAACCAAAAACAGAAUACUCGAAAAAUAGCAUCCGGUAUAGUGGAGCAAAACUCUGGAACAGCUUACCUUGCGAGUUAAGAAGCGCAAAUUCAUUAAAUCUAUUCAAUUCGUUGAUUUCUGAUACUAGCCUGCAGUCUUAAAUCUAUUAUUAUAUCUUUAUUUAACCAUGAUUUAACUAAUUGUAAAAUUUAAUAUGUAAGUGUAACUAUUGUAUAUAUUUUAUCAUCACGCCCCUCUUGGAAAUCAGCAAAUGCUGAAGGGGUUAUAGCGUGUUUAAAUAAAGUUUUAUCUACAUCUGAUAAAGCACGACUACAAGUGCUAUAAAUGACUUAAAAACGACGCAUCUUAUGCAUUCAUUGGCGAAGUAAUUUAAAAAUAAACGUUGUCUAACCCGAGAAAAUCCAAGCUAAUUUCAGUUUCCACACUAUGGAUAUAGUAUGGAAACAAUGUGGAUAUGCUAUGGAUUUAGUGAUGCAAUGGACCAUUUGCAUUAUAGACUAAAUUUUGAUCUCAACAAGUCUAGACAAAAAUUUCAUCACAGCUUGAAAGAGCAUCACAAAAUUAGUAAUAUUCCAAAGUUUCGUUGCGAAAUGUUGUAAAUGCGGAUAAUAUAGCCUUGCGAAGUUUGCCGUUUUUCAGUCAUUUUCUAUUACAAACGGGAAAUUGACAGCCCCAAAGGGUAUGGGCUGUCAAUUUUCCCCGCGUAAUGCAAAUUAUGACUAAAAAACGGCAAACUUCGCAAGGCUAUAUUAUCCGCAUUUACAACAUUUCGCAACGAAACUUUGGAAUAUUACUAAUUUUGUGAUUCUCUUUCAAGCUGUGAUGAAAUUUUUGUCUAGACUUCUUGAGAUCAAAAUUUAGUCUAUAAUGCAAAUGGUCCAUUGCAAAUUCCAUAGUAUGAAUUUCACUAUUUUUUCACAGUGUAUUGUUAUAUAAACACUCAGCCUCUUGUUACAAUUCUUAACCUUCACCGAGUUCAAUUUAAAUAGUUUUAUAAGAUUCUCGUAUCUGAUCAAGGGCAGAAAACAAUGAGGAUCUUGAGUUUCACUCACGAAUUCUUAUUUCUAUUAUAUAGAGUCAAAUGUUAUGUCGAAACUGAAGGCAUUGUAAGUGUCCAUUGUAUUAUAUACCCAAUUAGAAAACUGAAUUCGUACCAUAAUUUUUGUUGGAUUCCACCACGCCUGGGGUGUAUCGCAGAAUUAAAUGCAUGCUUAAAACCAGGCGGAGAAAAGACUAUCUAUAAUCAUGUGUUUCGCAGUGAUUACAAGGGGAAACUUCAGUGGCGUCAGCAUGCAGAAACGCCAUUAAUUGUUACUUCUCAUUUCCUCCCUUGAAUUGCACUAAUGAAUCCAAAUCAAAGCCUGAUUUCAAAUUGCGUUUAUAAAAAAAAACGAAGCCUUUAGAAUCAAGCUGUUGUUGGAAUUUGUAAAAUUGUUGGGUACGCAAAACAGAAUAGAAGGGAUUUUUAUGCAUGAGGAAGUUAUUUAAAACUUUAAUUUGGUUUUGACAAUUUUUAUGCAGUUAUGUUCGACCUUCAUACAAUUAGAAGGAGCAUAAAAUCUUGAUUUCUAAAGGUCUCGUUUCUUUUACACCCUGUAUAUAGUAGCCAAAAGCAAAUGUUUAUAGCCUAAACACAUCCAUUCCCUGCUAUUUAUUGUAUUUGGAUGAGAAACUUAACCUGGAUUCAGAAAGUCGUUCUGCAACUGCUCAGAGAGAAAAAUACUCCACCCCAUAACCAGGGUCUCGAGGAAAAUGCGACCAUCACAAUGCGGUUUCUGCCAGAUUUGCUGCAUAGAAUUACACGAGAGGUAGAACGUCUUUGUUUGCAAUCAUUGUUUUGGGUAACAGUUAUCGAAUUAUUAUGCACAUGGGUAAUGAAGUUAAUGGUCAAAUUGCAUUAAAUUCGUUAGGAUGGGAGACACUAAAAGUACAAAGAACUAAAGCUAAGGCAAAAUUUACUACAAGAAUGAGAAUACACAUUACUGCUUCCGUGACAAUGAAACAACACUCGUUUUGCCACAGCCUCGCACAAAUAGCAUGCAUGAAAAAGAGUUUCAUGUUUUUAAACCAGGAAACUGGGGCAAAAAUAUGGAACUCAGUCCCUAAAGAUCUCAGAGGGAUUGGAUCCCAGUCUCUAUUUGAAAGAAAAAUUGCUGCUCGUGUUGCUAAUAUAUAUAUAUAUAUAGCUUAAGAUUUUGGUUUACGAAACACAAACAGUGCUCAAUACCAUAUAGAUAGAGCGUAAUAUAGUUUUUCGUUUUACCUCAAAAAACCACAUAUAUAUAUAUAUAUAUAUAUAUAUAUAUAUAUAUAUAUAUAUAUAUAUAUAUAUAUAUAUAUAUAUAUAUAUAUAUAUAUAUAUAUAAUUUGUACAAAUUGAAUGAAUACAUGCAAUUAAAUCUAUAAACAACAAUAAAUACCUUCGAUAAAUGUGCAAAAAUCACUCACAAAAGCUAGCAACUCGGCAAAUUUCAACUCAGUCAUUCAGCUGCGACUUCAAAAUCCAAUCCGGUCUUCGAAAACAAAUACUAUUUCGGUCAUUUGACCCUGUUGUGUCACAUUUUCCAGCUGGUUUCUGCACUUCGUGCAACAAGUGCUUUUCAAUUGCCAUAGUCGCUCAGAACAAAAUAAUUGCGUUUUUAUCACAUGUUUUUAUUCCUUUAAAACAAUGGUUUUUCACUGUUUUGAUAAAUUUUUAGUUUUUCGUUAUUUAUUACCGUUUAGCGCAUUCUAAGCUUAGCCAAUCAGAAUUCAGCACGUGACUUAAGCGAGCCAAUAGCAUUUCGUUAUUUGUAUAGAUCAUGCACGCGUGAUAUUUGCAAAAUGUCGACUUCCAAAUGUUUGGGGGAAUAAAAAUAAACCUGUUUACCUGUUUAAUUCGGCAAUUUUUUCAAUUUUAUUAUAUAAAACAAGUAGAUUACAUUUUCCCGCUGUCUGUUGAGUUAUAGAUAGACAGUAUGAGUGUAUGACUCACCUAGGCGGCUCGUGGACACUUUUUUUGUUCUUACCACAUAUGACGUCAUAUUGUGUAUCUAUAACUGAACAGACAACGGGAAAAUGUAAUCUAUUUGUUAAACAUUUCCUUUUCUUGUAUGUUUCAGUGAAUCUACGGAUGGCAAAAAUAAAAACAACGGUGGAAUCAGCUCAGUUAGUUCACAGUAUGCGACAACAGGUCCUACAACGGUCACGUCUGACGUUCGAACUCGACAGAACAGUCCCCCUCCUCUACCCACCAGUCCACCGCCAAGGGAUCAUUACUCAGCACCACCUCCACGAACUACCAGGUAUUUGAAACCAGUGUCGUAACGAGUCAAGUCAUUUACUCGGACUCGAGUCGUAAUCUUCUGCGACCCGAGUCGAAUACGAAAAAUGACUCGAGUCGAGUCAACAGCCCCAAAUGACUCGACUCGGACUCGACUUGCUGAUUUCUGCCGUAAAUGACUCGAGUCAACUCAGCUACAACUUGUACAGGAUAAAUUCAUCAAAAAUAUUGUGGUUGAAUAGGUUGGGAAGAGUCCUGAAAGGGCUUGAAGAAAUAAAUGGUAAUUCUCGAUGCAGAUAGGCAUGUUUCCACUUGUAGGGAAAUUUUAAGGCAUUUUUGUUCACCUUUUUGUUCACCUUUUUGUUCACCAUACAAUUCGUGUAGCAAUUGACUCGACUCGGACUCAACUCGAGUGAGCCAUUGACUCGAGUCGACCUCGGCUUGUGACUCGACGUUUGGGUGUCUCGACAUGUUGGUGACUCGUUACAACACUCUUUGAAACAUUUAACAUUUUUGCUUUACAAACCUUAAUUCAAUCUCGUUAGACCUAUUUUUAAAAUUAGUGAUCAGUAUAAUGUGUAAAUUAUAUUAGUUGUUUUUUGUUCAAUUUCUUUUGAAUAUAUAACAAUUUUUGAAUACGUUUGUUAUAGGUAUUUCCGUAAAUGAGGUUGCCAUAAAUUAGGCAUAUGGAUAAACCAAGGCAUAGUAGAUCAGUGAAAUGUCGAAUUCUGGAUAUAUAUUAUUGCUUUGAUUUAAUAACUUCAUCUGAUAACAUGGAACUUAUUCUGUCUCCAUGAUGAUAAAUGUAAAGAACUAAGGAUUGAUUUUAAGAAGACCAAAAGCACCUUUCCCCAAUCCUCCUUAAUGGAUAAUCACUAGAUGUUGCUCACUAUUACCUCUGAUUUAAAAUGGAACAGUCAUGUGUCAAAUAUUAUGCCUAAAUAUUCGAAACGACUAGUAUAUCUUCUGGUUCAGUUAGGGCGAGUCACUGUCCCAAACAAAGACAGAAUCCAAUUUUUUGUAACAUGUAUUACACCAGUACUGGAAUAUGCAUCCUCUGUUUUUCAUUAUUCUCUUCCGUGAUGACUUCGAACGUGUUCAAAAAUGUGCCAAUUCUAUUGUAUAUCCUGGAAUUAAUUAUGAAGAUUCCCUCGUUGAAAGUUGGUUGUUUACACUUUGUGAGAGAAGAAAUCAAGCUUGCACGAAGUUUUUUAGUCAAGUUCUAGAGGAUACUAUUCAUAAAUUACAUGAUCUUAUCUCAAUAGCUAAUUUGGCAUCUUGCUACUCUUUACGAAAUGUCAAGAAAAUUCAAAUUCCUAAUUUUAAAACUGAACGGUAUAGAAACUCUAUUAUAGCAAGUAGUUUUAAUGCGAACAGUUUAGGUUUAUAGAUAAUUCAUAGUUCCACUGUUGUACUAAUAUUUUUACCUGAAGUUGUAGAAUUUUAUAGUGUCCAAUUCCUUCAUGUAAUCACCUUGUAAUUCAGUUAUUUUUACUGCAAAUCGUGUGACUAUUAAACUAUUACUUUAUCCAUCUAUCUGUAAGUCUAUUAUUAUAAGUGUUUAUUAAACUGGAUCUGUCUGUGCCAUAAUAACAAGCUUUCGUUGGUAGGGAUGCAACUCCCUUAAAAAUGUGAGAAGAAUUUCGACGUAUCGAGGCCCUUCGUCUGGAGUUACUAGCGGGGAUUGGGAAAAUUACAUGAGCUUUUAUGCUAAGAAUAUAAAAGUGAUCACGUGACGAAAAAUAAACCAAUCAGAUGGUUUUGGUCAAAACAUGCAAAGUAUAAACAAAAAAAGUGUAAAUCACAUUAUGGAAUAUAUUAAUACAAAUAUACAGAAAACUAAGUAAAAGUACUGUCAAUGCCUGCUUUUGACAGCCAAAGACAGAUAGAGUUGAACAUAGGGAUAACGUUCAUUCAUGCCAUAAUCCUAUAUUUAACUCUAUCUGUCUUUGCCUAUUAAAAGCAGACAUUGACAGUACUUUUAAUUCUUACCUUAUUCCAUACUUGUUUCAUACAGGGCCGUAGCUGGACACGAUAAUUUGGGGGCAGGGGGGGUAUAUUCAUAUAUUCAUGUUCACAUACCGUAAAAACAAUCGAUUUCAAAAGAAAUCCGUCGGGCAGAACACGAAUAUAUGAAUAUAAACACACCCUUCCCCCCUCCCCCCCAAUUAUCGGUCUAACUACGGCCCUGGUUUCAUAUAUUUUGUUGUAGUUUUCUGUAUAUUUGUAUUAAUAUAUUCUGUAAUGUGAUUUACAUUUUUUGUUUAUACUUUGUUUUGAUUAAUUUUUUGUUACGUGAGCGCUUUUAUAUUCUUAGUAUAAAAGCUCAUGUAAUUUUCCUGACCCCCGCUAGUAACUCCAGACGAAGGAAGGGCCUUCGCUCGAAACGCCGAAAUUUUCUUUAUGUUUUUUCAGGUAGUUGCAUCCCUAUCAACGAAAGCUUGUGUAUUAAACUGCUUUAUAGUGUCGAGUCGGUGAAGCUAAAUCACGAAUAAUAAAGGCAUUUAGAACAAAUAAACCCCAAUGACAACAUUCGUGUGGCUGCUAAGCAUUGUGCGCAGCAGUAUGCUACAUACGGGAGUACAUACGGGUCGUUUGUCAAGUCGAUUGUAACAUUAAUAUGUGGGUUGUUAAGUCUUGAAAACCACGACCAGCCGACAAAUUUAAAAAAGUAAAGUAAAAAACAAAUUCCGAAAGACAAUACAUCUUGAGAAUACAAUAUAUGAUUCAAAAACAAGACGCAGAUUGAUACUGUAAAUUUUCGACUUUAUUUCAAAGUCAUCUUCAGACAGAAUGAAUAUGACUAUUCUGUCUGAAGAUGACUUUGAAAUAAAGUCGAAAAUGACUAUAUGACUAUUCUGUCUGAAGAUGACUUUGAAAUAAAGUCGAAAAUUUACAGUCUCAACCUGCGUCUUGUUUUUGAAUCAUGUAUUGUAUUCUCAAGAUGCCUUGUCUUUUCGGAAUUUGUUUUUUACUUUGUUAAGUCUUUGUAUAGUAAAUUUAAAGAUGGUUCAUUUCACGACUGAACAACGAAUUUUCGUAUAGUUACAACGAAACUGGAAGUUUACAGACCACUCGCGAUGUUGAAUGUUUCCUUGCAGAUAUAGGCAGCCCCCAUUUUGACAAAUAUUCGAGCACCUCUGUUUUCGAGCCACUCUAAUUGAUUUUAUCAUUCUAAUAUGUUCACUAUUAUCUAAGUUAUAGGUAAGAAACGAAAGUUGACAACCCAGCCACUUUAGUACUAAAGUUGCAAUACUGAAAGCGAGAGUGGGCAUAUUUCUUUAUAGUCAUAUUCUUGAAUUUCUUUCUUUGCAGACGAGUACGUACAAAAUUUCCAUGCGUUGGAGAAAACAGCACCGAAUUAAGCUUUGACGCUAAUGCCAUUAUUACAAAUGGUGAGUGAUAUGUUCAUCAUGUUUGAAAUUUCUUUAGUAUAGAUUAUGGUAUAGACACCCAUAAAAAUGAUAUAUUCCACCACUUCAGGGACCAUGCAGAUAGGUAAGGGUAUACUGGGUGUGGGCAAAAAAGCCCCUUAAAAAUGGCACACCCUGUUCUUUGUCACCAUAACUAAAGGAAGUGUUGAUAUAGGUAUAUGUUUUAGUACGUAGUUGUUUAAGUUUCUACUGGGGAGCACAUAUUUUCAUUUUGGGUAAAUCUUAUCAUUUUCUCCAAACGACUUUACCAAAUAUUUCAACGUUGUUUUCUGAUAUUGGGCUAGUUUAUAAGCUGUGCAAAGACCUGCACAAUAAUUUACCCGCGCAUUAGGAAUUUGUUACUUCGUGUCACUCUCUAAUAGUCUGUCUCUAGUAAGUUUUGUAUUUGAUUGGUAGUAUUCCAAACAUGCUUGGGAUAUGUUGCAAGGGCGGGGGGGGGGGGAUGCGUUAAGGAAGCGAGGAUGAUGUAAGGGGGUUUUCGUAGUAAUCAAUAUUGUAUGUAUUUCGUUUUAGUUCGAGACUCUAAGGAACCAGGAUGGCUAGAAGGAACACUGCACGGAAAAACUGGACUAAUUCCAUCAAAUUAUGUGGAAUUUAUUUAAAACGUUAUUAUUUUUAUAAUUUUACUACAUUAAUUGCCUAGAUGGGUAAGUGAUUUAUAUAAUAUAGUUAGAGUUAGUGUUGCAUCAAUAUAGGAAUAUACCGCGACAAAGUAGGCAUAACGACCCAGUAUUAACUUGCUCUUAUUCAUUGGUCAAAUCCAAAUUUUUUACACAAUGGUUCCAAAAUGCCCACUUUUUAUUUACGAGGUACUAGCAAAUUUUCACCGUUGUAAUUAUGAAACAACCAAGUAUUUUGUUUUCUAGAAUCAUUUAAGGUUGCGACACUAAUUGUUGGACAAUAGUAAGAUAAUGGAAAAAUUUCAUUUUUGCUAUGUCACAAAAAUAAAAAUGGUACUAAAAAACAUUAUUCGAAGUUUCUAAUUUAUAAUUGUUGGACAACUUGUACAAAUGUAAAAACGACACUUCUGGCUUCAUUUUUCUUUUGUGGAAGAAAGUUAAUGUCAUAAAUCGAAUGUUCUUAACUUCCUUUAUAUCGUUAAUUUUAGAUCUGAUUUUUACGACUCCCCACGCACAUUUUUUGUAGCAAAGUAGUGAAUUCAUGAUAUUUUCAUUUCCCAUAGACAAAUUUGGCUAACGUUGUUUACAUCGUUGCUACCCAAUUCCCAACUGUAGAUAAUUCACAUGCCUAGUUACUGUAUUGUUCUGGUUACAGAAUCAGAGAACAGAACAAAGGUAACUAGACAUUGGAAUUAUGAAUAAGAGUUAUUCGCUCGUGUACAUAAUUCUAAAGCUUAUAGUUACCUUCUUUCUAUUCUAUGCUUCUGUAAACUAGAACAAUAGUAACUAUUUAUUUUUUUUAUUUAUUUAGCUUUGCCAACUAGGGCAGGGUCACCACAACAGCAUAUGCCAAUUACUGUGGGCCCUUUUUUACCUAACCCACCCUGUCAACUUUCCCUGUGGGAGGAAACCGGAGUACCCGGGGAAAACCCACGGCUUUCGGCAGAGCGUUGACUUUUACUCUUUUCACAUGGGGACUGGGUUCGAGUCGCACUGAGAAGGUACUUAGUGAGACUCGAACCUGCAGCCUCAGAGGUGAAAGGCAAGUGCGCUAACCACUUGGCCACCGAAGCCCCUAUAGGCAUGUAAGUUGUCUAAAAUUGUAAAUUGGGUAUGUUUAUACCCAUUUCACAACGUUAGCCAAAUUUGUCUGGUAUUUAACUACAUACAAACCUGUGGGGUAUCUGGCUACAUUUUCGCACGGCAAUGUUCAACACUUUAAAAAGUAGUAGGUCGACAUUUUUUCUUUUACAUACCCUUCUAAAAGUACAAGAUAAUGGAAAAAUUUCAUUUUUGCUAUGUUGCAAAAAUAAAAAUGAUAAUAAAAAAAUAUUCGAAGUUCCAUUAUUCUGGAUUUUUAAGUCCGUAGACUUAGUGUCCACCAAAAAUUCUGCGUAGACAAGUUGCCAUAUAGUUGCCGUUUGCAUUGAAAUUAAUGUCGCAACUUCAAAUGUCUCUAGCGGGAGGCAGCAUUUGACGGUUUUGAUCAGAUGAAUAUCAUUAAUCCAUGAAGAUAUAGUUGCUUAAUCAUUUACCAGAAGAUUAGACAACAGCUAACGUAAGAGUGCCAUGAAAUAUAUAACGGGGCUUUUUGGGAUACUUUAAAUAUUCAAGGGGAUUUACAUCAUAAUUUUCGCCAUAUUCCACGCAUUCAUUGUGUUUUGUCAAAACAGUGUUUUACUCUAUGUACUGCAUGAUAAAUAGUUAUUAUGAAGGUGAUACUUGUUAAAAGGAUAUAUAUAAAAAGAAUAGCUAUAAUAAAAUAACGGUAUUACUACUAUAUAGUUAAUAUUGAUAAGGUUUUAUCAUGAUGCCAGGGCAAAUUUCGUCGUUGCUAAUCUUGUAUAUUUAAAUCAAAAGUGAAAGUAAUUACCUUAUUCGUACUUAAUUUCGCGCGUCUGAAUUUUGUGAUUUUUUCGAGGCAAUAUUUCGCGAGACUUUAUUUUCGCGAUUUUGAUAGGCGACUAUAGAAAAAGGGCAUUGAAUUUCGCGAAAGCUUUGAACAUUUUAUUUUCUAUAAAAAUAUGAACAACAUCUUUUCUAAAGAUGUAACCGAUGAUAAUUAGAUUUUUUGCUUUCAAUUUUUUGCUCUCUUUAUUGCCCGUAACAAGAGAAGAUGCUGAGACAAUUAUUAAAUAUUAUGUUAUUUAUGCCGAUAUAUGAGCUGUGCAUAUUGUUGAUCGUUAUUUAUCAAGAAUUUUAUGAUUCAAAUUUUUGACUAGGGUAUUUAAUUUCGCGUGUGUAAAUUUCGUCACGUUUUGUAUUUGCGCGACUUUAAUUGUUUUACAAUUAAAAAUAAAUAAAAAUAUUUGCGCGAAAUUAAGUUUUUACGAAUAAGGCGUUGAAAUGAAUUACAAAUGAAAUAACUGGAACGCUACCUCCCAACCGGAAAUUUGAACCUAAACGUGAAGGCCAGUCCAUGUCUUUUCACGAACGCGAAGAGCGCUUAAUCAGUCAACCAUGCAUGGUACAAACACAAGUGUCUUGAUCGCCAGACUUGGGGGUGAGAUUGGCUUCAAGAAAAAGAUCUGAAGGUAGUGUUUCAGUUAUAUCCAUUUCAAUGGAAUAAGGUAACUAUUUAAAUUUGCACGUGCAAGUUUCUUUACGACAUUACCUAGAUAUUCUCACUGAUGCAACACUAAGAAUGGAUUUUCAGAUAGAUUAGUUAUAAUUGUAUAGCGUUUGCAGAUUGAUCAAAUAGAUAGAAAUAUGUUAUAGGAUACUUCUAUACCAUGCAGUACGCAUUUAAUAUUGUUAGAAGUACAUAUGUUGAUAUUUUACAUGUUUAUGAGCCUUUACUGCUUUUGGUAUGAGUCCAAAUUCCUUUUAUUAUCAUUAUUAUUGUUAUUAUUAGAACUGUUGCAUGCUUUGUACAAAAUAUAUAAGAGAUUAAGAUUUAGUGCAAAUCAAGACAGUUUGUUUUUUCGUGAAAAUUUCAGUGCCUUAAUUGCAGUAUAACAUUUUGGUUAAGGGUUGCUGUGUGCAUGCAUUUCUAGCAUAUACACACUAAAUUCUUCCCACAAUAUCAGAACAUUUUCUGUGCAAGUUACGAUCGUGAACACUGUUGUCAUGGUUAAAUAAAGAGUAAAAAGCAAAGUAUACUUAUCC